GAGUCACUCAGGAGCAAGCUCAGACCAGCCGAGGGGAGUGACAUAUCCUAUUCCAUCCACUCCCUCCCUCUCGCCCAUUCUCACCUUACUUUCACGUGCUCGCUCACUGGGCAGUUAGGCAGAAGUGAUCCCUGUGACUCUGCCAAAGACAAGCCUGUGGGUCUGUAGGAAAAACCCCAGGUGAAGUCACAGCACUGAAAUUGUUACUUUGAAGGAGUGGAGUAGAAAAGUGUGAAAAAUGAAUGGACCUGUGGAUGGCUUGUGUGACUAUUCUCUAAGUGAAAAAGGAGCCUUCAUGUUCACAUCAGAAUCUGUAGGAGAGGGACAUCCAGAUAAGAUCUGCGACCAGAUCAGUGAUGCAGUGCUGGAUGCCCACCUCAAGCAAGAUCCCAAUGCCAAGGUGGCCUGUGAGACAGUAUGCAAGACAGGCAUGGUGCUACUGUGUGGGGAGAUCACCUCAAUGGCCAUGGUGGACUACCAGCGGGUGGUGAGGGACACCAUCAAGCACAUUGGCUAUGACGACUCUGCCAAAGGCUUUGACUUCAAAACCUGCAAUGUGCUGGUGGCUCUGGAGCAACAGUCCCCAGAUAUUGCCCAAUGUGUCCAUCUAGACAGAAAUGAAGAGGAUGUUGGUGCAGGAGAUCAGGGUUUGAUGUUUGGCUAUGCCACUGAUGAGACAGAAGAAUGCAUGCCCCUUACCAUUAUCCUCGCUCACAAGCUCAAUGCCCGGAUGGCAGAUCUGAGGCGCUCUGGUGUCCUUCCCUGGUUGAGACCAGACUCCAAGACUCAGGUGACAGUUCAGUACAUGCAGGACAAUGGCGCAGUCAUCCCUGUGCGCAUCCACACCAUCGUCAUCUCCGUGCAGCACAAUGAAGACAUUACGCUGGAGGACAUGCGCAUAGCCCUGAAAGAGCAGGUGAUCAAGGCUGUGGUGCCAGCCAAGUACUUGGAUGAAGACACCGUUUACCACCUGCAGCCCAGUGGGCGGUUUGUUAUCGGAGGUCCCCAGGGGGAUGCAGGUGUCACUGGCCGCAAGAUUAUUGUGGAUACCUAUGGCGGCUGGGGUGCUCAUGGUGGCGGGGCCUUCUCUGGAAAGGACUACACCAAGGUGGACCGCUCAGCAGCUUAUGCUGCCCGUUGGGUGGCCAAGUCCCUGGUGAAAGCGGGGCUCUGCCGGAGAGUGCUUGUCCAGGUGUCCUAUGCCAUUGGUGUGGCGGAGCCACUGUCUAUUUCCAUCUUCACCUAUGGAACCUCACAGAAGACAGAGAGGGAGCUGCUAGAUGUGGUGAAUAAGAACUUCGACCUCCGACCAGGCGUCAUUGUCCGGGAUUUGGAUUUGAAGAAGGCAAUCUACCAGAAGACGGCAUGCUAUGGUCAUUUUGGAAGGAGCGAGUUCCCCUGGGAGGUUCCGAAGAAGCUUGUGUUUUAG